AGUAAAUCUAUAUUGUCUGUUUUUUAGGACAAUCCUGAAGUUAUAUGCAGUGCACUCAUGUUAUGUCAGUCUCUUCAGAAGCACCUGGCAGAAGUAAAAUGGCAAAAAGAACUUCAGUCCAACAAAAUUCCAGAAAUAGAUUUCUCUGAGCUGGCAUCUCCUUUCAUGGCUAAUGUGCCACUUCUUCUUUAUCCUCAGGAUAAACCUAAGCAAGAAACCCAGGGAAGUGGAAACGUGUGUCAAGACUGUAUUCAGCUGGUAACAGAUAUUCAGGAAGCUGUGAAGACCAAUUCAACCUUUGUUAGUUCUUUAAUUGAGCACGCCAAGGAAGAAUGUGAACGUUUGGAUCCUGGCAUGUCUGUUGUGUGCAAGAGCUACAUUUCUCAGUAUUCUUCCCUGGCUAUUCAGAUGUUCCUGCACAUGCAAGAGCAGCAACCACAGGAUAUUUGUAACACACUAGGAUUAUGUUCUUCUCUGAAAUCUGUACCCCUCCAAGUUCUGGUGCCUGCUAAAGUUGUCUCUCCAGGAAAGAUAGAGCCAGUUAAGACCAGCCCGAAUCAAAAGGAAGCACUCUCUCUCUGCGAAGUAUGUACUAUCAUGGUAGAAGAAGUGGCCAGCCUUCUGGCAAGCAAUAAGACGGAGGAGGAGAUGGUACAUGGAAUGGAGAAAGUCUGUUUACUGAUACCUGAAAAAUCCAGAGACCAGUGCAAGGACUUUGUGGAAGUCUAUGGGAAGUCUAUUAUUGACAUGUUGUUGGAAGCUACUAGUCCUAAAAUGGUGUGUGUGAUGCUGAGAUGCUGCACAAACAAUGUUUUACCAGCUGAAGAAAUUGUUCCAGUGCAAUCACAAGUUGGAAAUAUCUGUGAUGUGUGCAAGAUGAUUGUUGCUUAUGCAGACAAGGAACUAGCAAAGAAUGCUACUACUGCUGAGAUUGAAAUGUUUCUGGAACGAGUCUGUCACUACUUCCCAGAGUCUGUUAGUGAGCAGUGUGUCCAGUUUGUGCAACAGUAUGAGCCAACAGUUGUGCAGCUCUUGGCAGAAUUGAUGGAUCCUACUUUUGUAUGCAAUAAACUUGGAGUUUGUACAGCAUCCACUCAUCGUCUCUUGGGAUCAGAAUUCUGUGUCCGAGGACCUGGCUAUUGGUGUAAGAACAUGGAAACUGCAUCUCAGUGUAAUGCUGUUGAGCACUGCAAACGUCAUGUGUGGAACUAGAAGAUACAUCUUCUUUGGCCAGCUCUUUUUUCAUUCUUGGAAGAAAAUGGAAGCCAAGGGUUAGGCUAGUAAGAGCUAAAUCUUAGUGUCUUGAUCUUCUUUCCCUCCAUUUCAAGUACCUUUAUUGCUUAGUAGCAGUGCUACUAUCCUGGAAGGAUCCAUUUUGACUUAAUGAUAUUUCUAACUCAGUUUUAGACCUUUAUGGUAUAAGAACAUCCUGUAAAUCAUCAUUGGUCAAUUGGCUUCAGUGCUUCUGAGAAGGAGUGAUAAUGUGUAUGUAUAUGUAAGUAAACUAAGGACAGUGCUGGUGUGUCUGGAUUUUAAUCUAAUUACUUGUUUUUUUUUUAAGACACUCUUGCUGGUAAUUAAACCUAUAAUGUGUGACUGUAGUGUUCUUCAUUGAAAUAGCUGUUGAUACCCCUUUGUGAACAGUUACCUUGUAGAGAACCUUUCAAUUAAAUUCUUAAAUGCUGGCUUAAAACUGCAUAAACACAGGCAUCCCAUUUCUUCCAUAGGAAUCUCCCAAAGAGAUGACUUGGAUAUGCCCACAGUUGUAUCAUAAUUAAGGUCAUAAGUCCUAAUGCCUAUGUAGCAAAUAAUGAAUGCUCAUUCACAGCCUAAGUUGCAGGCUUACUAGUUGAAACUAGUGCAAGUUUCAAAUGCUCAGUCCAUUAUUUUCAAAACAAACUCAGUAGCUUCUUUUUCAAUGAACAAAACAGUAAAUUAUUACCUAGAAGAUCAAGAGGUACACUUAAUUUGGUCCAUCUGAGAAUCUAAUGCAUGUAGCUAUUUUUCUCCAUUUUGGUAAGGGGUGUUUCUGAAAAGUGUAGAAUAAAAAAGCUUAGGAGAAAAAUCAGGUUUAUAGGUAAGUAUCAGUUUUCCUGUUGGAUUGCACAAUUGUCUAUUAACAUCUAGUCCUCUACAGUGUUAUAGCUAUUUGCAUGACUAGACAUUUUCCUGAAUUAUGCUAGGGAUAAAUCAGAAUGUCUAUAAGCAAAAUGUUAUGUGAUAGUCAUGAGUUUGCUUGAAGACAGCUGUGGAUGAUGGGGCGGGGGGGUUAGUUUGGGGAGCAGGUAUAGCUUUGUAGUACAUGAUUUCUAUAGCCAAUCUAGAUAGAAGAUUGAGCCAUGCUGUGUGUCCGUUAGAGGCUUAUAUUGUCAUAAUGUAUUUUUCCCCAAUUGUUGGCAAGCACACAGACUUGAAAACGGCAAACAUGUGUAAACAAACUAUAACAAUCUUAAAUCCCAUGACUUCUGACCCCAUAGCUAUCUAAACAAUUUGUUCGAAAUGCAGAUUUGUAGAAUGGAGUUCCUAAAAUAAUCAACCUUGGCAUUAUUGUUAGUCACAUAACUUUAUUUUAUAUAUCCUGGGUGCACUUUUGAGGGCAUUGACUUGAAUUCUUCAGACUGAUACUUUUUUUUAAUUUGUCUGCUGCUGGCUCCAAAUUCUUGCUGCUUUGAAAUAAGUAUAUAAUGAAAAACAGCAGAUUAAUAUAGAUGUUCAUUCUGUAGCAUUGUAGUUAACAUCUCCACCUUUACAAGAGGUUGUUAUUUGUUGCUGGAAAGUAUAAUACAGUCCCUUUCAAAGAAAAAUGCCAUUCUAUGAGCUAAAACGCAUUUCUGUGCAGAAUUCAAUUUCUUGCUUAUAGGAAAUGAUUUCAUAUUUUUUUGGACAAAUUCUUACAACUUAAUGUAAAUAUGAUGUGCAGAGUAAUACCUUACCUUCUAGAGAUGAACUGGGAAGACAAGCAGCUGCUUUAACAAACCACUCUAUCCUUUUUCUUUUUGCACUAAAGCUUCUGUAAUUCAAUAAAGAUGUAACUAAA